GCAGCCCGGCAUGGAGGAGGACGAGGCGGGCGCGGCGAGCGCGGAGCCGCGAGGCUCCCGCCGCCGCUCGCCCAGCCCUGGCCGCCUGGAUGUGAGCUCCAGCCGCUUCGACCCGCUGCUGGCGCUCUACUCGCCGCGCACGCCGCUGCCCUUCCCCGCCGCGCCCUGCUUCAACAACCUCGCCGAGUACGAGAGCUUCCAGCGCGGCCUGCGCCGCCCGCACGGCCGCCGCGGUGCCCCCGCCGCCCGCGCGUCCCGCCGGGGCCGGCCCGCUCCCGACCCCGAGCGCAUCCAGCGCCUCCGCAGCCUCAUGGUCAACGCGGACCCCGAGCAGGAGGCGGCUGAAGGCGGAACGGCGACGCGGCGGCGGCGGGCACCGCGCAAUGUCCUCACCAGGAUGCCCCUCCAUGAAGGCAGCCCACUGGGGGAGCUCCAUCGCUGUGUCCGAGAUGGUGUCAGAAUUAAUGUCCACAUCCGCACUUUCAAAGGGCUUCGUGGAGUCUGCACAGGCUUUUUGGUUGCAUUUGACAAAUUCUGGAAUAUGGCCCUGACAGAUGUGGAUGAGACUUACAGGAAACCAGUAAUGGGCAAAGCCUUCUAUGCAGAACCUCAGCUGUCACUGACCCGACUGUUUGACAGACUCAAGCUGCAGGAGUCCUCGGGGAAGAAGGGAGCUGACUCAAAGACUGUCUCACAGGAGCUGGCCCUGACAAAUGACUCUCAUAUGCUGAGUUUGAAGGCUGGGUCUGGAAGAGGGAGAGGAGCAGAAGAGGAGCGUGAGAGGCAGAAACACUUGGGCAGAGCUGGAGAGAAGAAGACCCCAGGUGACAGAAGUGAAGCUGAUGUGGGCAGCAGGACUGCCCACACAGAGGGGGCCAGCGCCCGUGGGGCCCGAGCGAGGAGCCAGCCCCGGAGGAGGAGGCGGCCCAAGGUGGAUUAUCAGCAGGUGUUCACACGCCACAUAAACCAGAUCUUUAUUCGAGGAGAGAAUGUCUUGCUUGUCCAUUUAGCACAUUGACUUGGCUGAGCCUUUGUCAGAGUAUUUAUUUGAUAGCAUGACUUGCUGCUGCAGCUCCCAUUGCUAUUUAGAGUUGUCAUUGAGUAGGAUGGUACCGUGGCUGGUUUCCCAUUGCCACCUCAAGGCAGGGGAAAGAAUUGUAACUUGAGCAUCCUGGGCUUGAUGCCAAAGCAGCCUCCUUAGAUCCCUGUUGGGGAUCUCAGGAGAAGGUCAGCAACACAGUUGUUUCUGUGAUAUGUUUUAAGAAACAGAUCCCACUGUUUCUUAAAAAGAAGCUAAAUUGAGAGGGUUGUAAGAGAAUUUUGGUGUACUCUGUUACAGGAACUACUUGUGGCACACAUUUAUGGAUAAGAUCUGGACCUUCAAUAAAUCAGAAAUGCUCUUUUGCACAUUCUGAGUAGUAUCAAGAGGAAAUUGCUAAUGAGACCAACAGUUUAUCUGCUGCUGUUACAUGGAUGUCCUCUUUUCCAGACAUAAUUCUGAUGGUAAUUUUGAAACAGUUUAUAAAACAUUGGAGUCACAUCCUGCUGAUGGCUACUGGCCUCUUUGCCAUAGUUAGCUCUGUAAUGCUCUGUGUGAUAGAAAACCUCUUAAUUGUAAAGUAAUCUUUGAAUGUGUGUGAUGGCAAGACUGUAACUUGUUUCUAUCAAAGCUUAGUCUCUCUUUGUAAUGCUGUGCUUUGGCCCUGUUACCAGCAAGCAGAUGAUGUGGCUGACUCAGAGACCUCCCUGUUUGGAGUUUAUCUGUGGGUGAAGAUGGAAAAUUAUCCUUUUAUAUUUCACCCACUUGCUACUAAGUGUAAGAGUGAAGCUGGCAAAGAUUGGGUUUUUCUCAGGUGUGUUUGUGUUUAGCACACCUGUCCUGUAUUUAAACACCUUUCAGGCUCCCUCUAUUGAAACCAGAGUUGCUGUGUCUCCAGCAGUUCUCAUGGAGCAGGAAUCUUCAUGGGUCUUUCCUGUCCACGUGAGGGAUGCAUCAUCUAAUUCCAGUUGAGCUUUAGAGAUGUGCCUGCAAAGGUUUUGAAGUAUAGAAGUCAAACUCAACUCAUCAGUGUUUCAUUUUAGCAGGGCUGUUGAAUUACUGCAGGUCAGGCCAGGGUUCUGCAGGUAUGAACUGCUUUCCAAAAAACCUACCUGCAGAAGUUUGAGGGUAAAUGAAGCUGUUUCAUUAUGUAGCCUGUUCUCUUUGUUGUCAAAGGAGAUUUCAUGCUGCUAUUCUGUAUUCAUAUCAACUGCCUUGUGCUUUGCAGCAGCUCUGUGUGUUUAAGCUGAAGUUGGGAAAUUGCUUUAUAGCAGGAUUUACAUUGCAUAUAGAUGCCCUGAGUUCUCAAAUUGAGUGGUUGUACUGUGGGUGACAUGGAUUUCUGUUGCUGCAGAUGCAGCAUUCUGCUUGCUUGGUCGUUAGGGAUAUGUCUGGUGUUUGGGUGAAUCACAGAAAUCAUUUAGCAGGCAUUCUGGACACACAAAGCAGCUGUUUGCCUCUGGGGGAGCUUGAAACUUGUGUCAACAUUUCAUAUGACAUGGGGCUUGAUGAGCUCAGCCACUGAGCUCAAAGCCAAGUUCAGCCUGGGACAGAAUAAAAAGUACAGUUGAGGCAAAAUAGUUUCAUCAAGGGAGAAAAAGAGAAGAAAAAAAUUAAAUACUCUCUGCAGCUUCUUCUGAAUCAUUGCUUUACUACUGUAAUCCCAUCCCUCUGUGAACUGAGACUAGGCACUGAAAAGAUUCUUCUCAUGGAGGUUCUUGUUUGCCCUCCCUGCUUUACUUAAAGUUCAUGUUUGUGUUCAUAUGCUCUGCAAUUUUUCCCUUUUUUUCUUCUUUUUUUUUUUUUUUCUUUCUCCUGUCAGUACUUUGUCUCCUCAGGACAUUCUAAAUUCUGGUUUACAAAGACUGUUCUUGUUGUCCUGGCUUUCUGCACCCUUUCCUGGUUGGCUUUCUAUGUACUAACCAGAAACCUCACAAAUUACUAGAAACAUGUGAAGCUAGAAAAAAGGUGCUUAUAUCUGCUCCUGAUUUCCCAGCAGCUUUUAUUACAAAUGAGUAUUUUCUUCCUUAUGGUUGUGGGGAUUUUCCUCUCUGUUUUCUGGCAGCUUUGUUCUUAUUUCAGCUGCUUGGGAUGACUCCUCUCUUCCUUUUCUAUUAGUACCAAAGGCCACUGGUUCUGACCUCUCCUCUUUCUUUCAUAUUUGACCAAAGGGUGUCAGAUCACCCUCAGGCUGACAUACAGUGACAGUUCAUUGAAUUCUUGCUUUUCUUCACCUCAUAUUUUUAAAUCUGUUUGUCUGCCUAGUUUAAGCCAUGUGCAUUAACUAAGAUACAACUACCAUGAAUGUCUUUGUGGCUGUGCUGCCUUUCCUGUUGAUUGACACUUUCCCAAGUUCUCAGUUGCUGCUGGAAGUGUCAAUGUUUCCUUUCAUAAUGGAUUUUUCCCUGAAACCUUACAGAUGUUUGUUGCUUCACAUCUACGAGUUUUUUUGUUUACAUUUUAUGAAAAAUGCUGGUGCUUAGACUUAAGUUUGUGCCUUGAUUUUUAUAUCAUCCCUAACCUGUUCUUCCAGAAUCAUCACCUUGGUGAGCAAACCUGGUUAAGGAUUAUCGACUAUCUACUUUUUUUGCACUACCUCAUUGUUAAAAUGUUCCUCCUCUCAUCUGUGAAGUUGGUUAAACUGCUCUCUUCCAAUUUAGAUUCAAAGAAUUCUUUUUUGGUUCUUCAUUUGUAUCCUACCUUCCUGUCCACUUUUCUCAUUAUUUCCAAGCUGCUUCCUAAAUACUGCUGCUUCCUCUUCUACAACUUCAGAUCUUCCAAAAUGUCUUCCUUUUCCCACUUUUUCUGGCAUUGUGUAUUUUUAAAAUGCAUUAUUAAAAUGCUGUCUUAUGGAUUUUGUCUCUUUCAAGCAUCGUGAUUGUGAUGAAGCAAGUGAUCUUGUAGGUGUGUUGUCACUUGCUUGUUCAAUACUUCAGAUAACAUUGCUCUUUAAAUAAAAUUGAAUGUCAUGUUCUGAAAUGGGUUCUUCUACCUCACUGAAAUAUUCUCCUAAAUCUGUUUUAAAAAAGAAGAAAACAACCUUUGGAACCAAAUGAGCUUUGGGUUUCAGUGGUUUUUUUUAAUUGUUUCUGGUUGCUUUUUUCUGUGGUUUUCCUUUUCCAAACUCAACAUAAAAUUUUUUUGUUCAAAAAGUUUUUUGCUCUCAGCCCUUCAUCUCUUGCUGCAGUGAUGCUGUGAGCACAAACACACCAAAGUCUUUUGUGCUAAGGAAUGAAGAGUGAGAAACAGAGAGCAACAUGAGAGUGAAAAAGCUUUGGGCAAAUAUGAAAACCUCCCUAGAAAGGAUCCACAGGUGCCACCUGUCCUGUGUUUCUAGGACUUUGCUCAGCCUGGUGCUCAGCAGUGGUUCUUAAAGUGUGUUUGGGUGAGGCACCCAGUUACUGCAGGGAGCAGUUUUCUGCAAUAACUUCAAAGAAGAGUUGGGAUAAUUUGAGGAAGUUUUAAAAUAAUUUCUAAUUUCUGGGACUGUUUCUUAGGAAAUGUUUUUGCAGAGGUGCUUUGUUUUUAUCAAACACUCAUUGGGCUGUGGUUGUAGAAAAGGUAAGGCCAAAGGGGAAAAAAUCUUAUGUGGGUUUGGUUCCUUCUCUCCAUUGACUCAUCCAGCUUGUUAAUUGCCUGGAAGGGUUUUUUCUGACCUAGAGUGAAGUAGUUAGCAUGUCCUCUGCAGGUGAUUACUGAAUUAAUCAGUGAGUGCUGUUUUCCAUCUGCUUCUUCUCCUUCAGUGUUUGGAUUCAUUGUUUCUUCUGCAGCAUUCCCUCAGCAGGGCAGUGUCUCAGCAGGAACAGGCCUGAGUGCCCCCUGGUUUUUUACCCUUCCCUAAGGAAUGUUACCCCAUCCAGUUUUGAAUUCAAAGAGCCUUUGGCUGUUCUUCAUUUUCAUACUGUUCUCUUUAGAUUUUUGGAAUUAUUUGGUCAGAAGAAUUAUUUAUCUUGGUUAAUAUUACCUUUCGGAGUAAACUGAUUUUUUUGAAACUUUUAAAGAAAUUUUUUUUACUUAUUUUCCUUCACAAAGUGCUAGGUUUUCCUAGUUUGUUGUUGCAGUCACCCACUUGCAGCUGUGAAUCACUGGGUGAAGAGGUGUGCAGGAUAAAAAGAGGCAGAGUAAAAAGGUGUGUAAUUUUUAUUGAAUUUGACAUUCUGUCCGACAUUCUGCCCACACUCAGCCUUUCUGUUUCUUACUGGCACUGACCUAAGUGAGACAGAUGUAAAUGAUUUGAUCCAGAGUCUUGAAGGAAAAUGGAGCAGGGACAGCAGACUGAAAACACUGAGUUUAUGAAGAUGUUUAUGGUGAACUUCCUGUCUUUGAUUAAACAGAUCAGAGUUAUAAACACCAACUUACACCACAAGCUCUGCCACUGGAUGAAGCUGGAAGGCAGAGUCUGCAGCUUUUCAGAGGAGAUGCAGUGAUUCCCUCAGCCAGGACAGCUCUUGCCUGAGAAGCUGCUCUGGUAUAUUCCAGUGUCUGCCUCAGAGCAUAACUGCAAAUACUGCCAAUUAAUAUGAGGAUGUUUUCUCUCCUGCCUGCACUGCCAAGUGUAAAAUAUGAAUGCUGAGGUCUGCAGCAUCUGCAGCCCAGAACUACUUCAGUUCAUGCUUUCGCUUCUUGACGUUGGCUAAAAAAAUUCAAGUUUGUGCUAAUAGCAAUGCUAAGACAGUCUGUUAGAACAUUAGGAAAGGCUGCUGCUGACUAGAAAUAAUA